AUGGCCGGAAGAGGCAAAUCUCUCGCCGCAGGCACUGCCAAGAAGAGCACAUCUCGGAGCAACAAGGCCGGUCUCCAGUUCCCCGUCGGCAGUAUCGCCCGUUUCCUCAAAACUGGCAAGUACGCUGAACGCGUUGGCGGUGGCGCCCCUGUCUACCUCGCCGCCGUCCUCGAGUAUCUUGCUGUCGAGGUUUUGGAAUUGGUUGGGAAUGCAACGAGAGACAACAAGAAGCCACGCAUAGUGCCACGUCAUAUCCAGUUGGCGGUGAGGAACGACGAGGAACUGAGUAAGCUUCUUGGGUCUAUGACCAUCACAAACGGUGGCGUUUUGCCCAACAUUCACAACAUGCUCUUGCCUAAGAAAACCAGCGCCGGUUCCAAGAGCAGCCCAAUCGAUGACUAGAUCGGAGGAGCUUUCUCAAAGAUCUAUUUU